UAAGAAUUAUAUGUUAAGAAAUACAACAGAUUUCUCCAUGACACAUUGAAUGCUCCAAAACUGCAAUCUGCAUAAUAAUUUGAAAGCUUGCUUCUGCUUUUUAAAAUAAAGUAGGAAUGCUGCAAAUUUCUGCCGAAACUGGGUAUCUCCUAUAUGAGUUACAUAUCUAUCAGUGUAAACCAGUAAACUGUCAAGUAUUUGGAUUUUUAAGGGUAUUCAGUCAACCAAAAUUUAGUUUGCUUUGAAACUACAUAGCCAUGGCUCAAAUAUAUCAGUUGAACACGGACAUCUUUCCUGUCAGUUAACUGAAAAUGAAACUUCUAAAAUACACUCCACCUUCAGACUGCCUGUCUAUAGACGUUGUAGGAGAAUCUGUACCAUGGCUGCCGGAGCUUCAUCUCUGGACGAGGAGCUCUGCUGUUCCAUUUGCUCAGAUUUCUUCAAGGAUCCCGUGGUCCUGAAAUGUAGUCACAGCUUCUGCGGAGUCUGUCUGCAGAAUUGCUGCAAAGGAAGCAGCUCUCGGGAGUGUCCACUCUGCAGGACCAGGUUCCCUGAGGAAGAUCCCCCUGUUAAUAUUGUCUUAAGGAAUGUUGUGCAGUCAUUUUUAAAACAAAGGAAUGAAGAAAGGGUAGCAGAGAAGAGUGAUACUCCAGAGAAGACUGCAUUUCGCUGCGAGCUUCAUGGACAGAAACUUCUACUCUUCUGUGAGGACGAUCAUGAGCUCCUCUGCGUGGUCUGUCAGACUGCAAAGAAGCACAGAAACCAUCAGCUCUGUCCAGUGGAAGAAGCUGCACAGGAUAAGAAGGGGGAUCUCAGGGCUUCACUGAUUCCAUUAAAAGAAAAGCUGGAUAAGUUUACAAACGUUAAACAAGAGUGUGAGAAAACAGUCAAACAUAUCAAGAGUCAGUCCCAGCAAACUGAGAAGAGGAUAAAGGAAGAAUUUGAGAAACUCCAUCAGUUUCUGAGAAAGGAAGAGGAGGCCAGACUGGAUGUACUGAGAAAGGAAGAGGUGCAGAAGAGCCAGAGGAUGAAGAAGAAGAUAGAAAACAUCUCCAAACAGGUCUCCAUUCUGUCAGAGAAGAUCAGGGAUAUUGAGAAGGCCAUGGAAGCUGGGGACAUCUCCUUCUUGAAGAUGAUGAAGGACAACAAAGACAAACCCCAGUGCUCACUGCAGGACCCAGAGCUGCCUUCAGGCGCGCUGAUAGAUGUGGCCAAACACCUGGGCUCUCUGAAUUUCAGAGUCUGGGAGAAGAUGCUGGAGAUUGUGCAGUACACUCCUGUGACUCUGGACCCAAACACUGCAGACCGCUGGCUCUCUGUGUCUGAUGAUCUGACCAGCGUGACACACUCUGGAGUUUAUCAGCAACUUCCUGACAACCCUGAGAGAUUCUUCCCCUGUGCAUGUGUGCUGGGCUCUGAGGGGUUUAAGUCAGGAAAACACAGCUGGGAGGUGAAGGUGGGGAACAAAACUGCCUGGGAUGUGGGAGUGGUAGCAAAGUCUGUUAGCAGGAAGGGGGUGAUUACAUGCAAGCCAAAAGAUGGAUUCUGGGUUGUAUCUCUGAGGAACGGCGAAGAGUAUGAAGCAUGGACCUCAGAACCAACCCGCCUAAGACUGAAGAGGAAACCUCAGAGGGUCAGAGUGCAGCUGGACUAUGACAGGGGGGAGGUGUCCUUCUUCAACCCCACUGACAUAUCACUCAUCUACACCUUUAAAGACACAUUCACUGGGACACUGUAUCCAUUUUUCUCUCCAUGUUUAAUAGAAGAUGGUAGUAAUGCUGGAGCCUUGAAGAUCUGCCCAGUACUGGUGUCUGUGACAAUGAUGUCAUCCCAGUAAAGGUGUCUGUGGCAGUGAUGUCAUCCCAAUAAAGGUGUCUGUGACAGUGAUGUCAUCCCAGUAAAGGUGUCUGUGACAGUGUCUCAGAUCCUCUAUGAACUGGGUAAGCUGGGAUGUCUUGGGACGAGGUGAAGCAUCUGUCACCUGUUUAGGGUUGGAUUAUACUGUAAGGAGUGGGAAAGGUAUCGAGUAAAAGUUUUUCUUAGGUUAGUUAAGCUGUAUCAGUCAGGGCUGUGCUAAAUUGUUUGUAUUUACUAUGUAUUUUUAAGUUUAUGAAUUUACAGCCAAUUGUAUUCCCCGGACUUAUGAUUUUACUGGUCUUUUUUUUUUAUUGCUCAACGGCUGUGACCAGCUGUGAAACAAGGGGUUCAUUAUUUUAUUUGUUUGUUAGAUGAUAGUUGAUUUGUUAGUUAGAUAUUCGCCAGCUAAGGUUUGUAAAACCACAAGGUAAAAUCUAGUUGAAACAUGUUAAAAGGAUCUCUUAUUUGAACAGCUUUAUUCGUCUGCUUACGAUUUUUAUUUUGCCUGAAAAUAUGUUUUUUUUUUUUUGUGAUUUGUAUAAAUCCCAGUGCACCACUGGGAUAAUUCCCAUUUUCUUAU